AUGGUUUGCUGGGCCGCGCCAUGUUGCGGUCUGCUAGUUUGCUGCCUGCUGGCGCUAGCCUGCACACCGGCUCUUGGGUUUGUGAAAGGGCCCCGGCCAAACGCGGUGCCAGGCCUGAUUGUCAAGCUCAAGGACGACGUGGUCACCAUGUCGGCGGCAGGCACCGCAGACCUUGAGCCCAUCAAGGGCAGCUCCCAGCUCAACCUGUACAAAGUCAAGAUCACCGACGGCAAGAAGCCCAAGAUCAAGGCGGCCGAGCUGCAAGCGCUGGGGGAUGUGGAGUUUGCAGAGCCGGACGAUUGGAUGAGCAUAGCUGGCGGGCGCAUGCUGCGGGCGGCGCCCAGGCCGCCGCCGCCGCCGCCACGGCCUAGGCCCAGGCCGCCCCCCGCCACCAGGCGGCCCAACGACGCGUAUUACAAUCUGCAGUGGGGCCUGGAGCGCAUCCGGGCGCCACGUGCGUGGGCCCACAUCGUAGACGCCUCCCCCGUCCCUGUGUGCAUAGUGGACACUGGGGUCAAGUACAACCACCCCGACCUAGCGCCCAACCUGGUCCCAAUGACGGCAGAGUGGCAGAGGAGCAACUACGAUGACAACCUCCACGGCACACACGUGGCUGGUAUCAUCGGCGCGGCGGGCAACAACAGGCGUGGCGUGGCGGGGGUGGCCUGGAAGGCCCGCAUCCUGGCCUGCAAGGCGCUCGACUCCACAGGCUGGGGCCUGACAUCAAAAAUCAUAGAGUGCAUCCUGUGGUGCAGGUCCCAAGGAGCCCGUGUCAUCAACACCUCGCUUGUUGGGAAGAACGAGAACUUGGCUCUCAAGGCAGUCAUGAACGCUAGCACGCGUGCCGGCGUCUUCUUCGCCAGCGCCGCCGGCAACUACGAGCUCUCUAAGCAGAACGACAAUGACAAGAGUCCUCGGUACCCGGCCAGCUGGGACUUCCCCGGCCACGUGGCGGUGGCCAACAUGAAUGAGGGGGAUGAGCUGGAUAACACCAGCAACUACGGUGCGACCUCGGUGGAUGUGGCCGCCCCCGGCACCAACAUCCUGUCCAGCUGGUUUGAGCGUAACGCCGAAGACCCCGGGCCUUUUAACGGGGACUUUUAUGCCAAGGCGACGGGCACCUCGCUGGCCGCUCCCUAUGUGGCGGGCGCCGCGGCGCUGGCCAUGGCCGCCUCGGGCGGCACGCUGACCAAUGCGCAUGUCGCAAACCUUUUGGUGAAGACAUCCACCUGGAAGGCGGGGCUCAACGGAACUGUGGUGUCUAAUGGCGUGAUCAAUCUAGAGCAGCUCGUGGGACCCAGGCCCACCACGCCGCCGGGUCUGAUCGUCAAGUUGAAAGACGACGCCGUGGGGAUGGCGGCGGCAGCGGCCUCCGUCGGCAUGCGCGCCAUCUCCACAAACCUCAAUCUCUAUAGCGUAAAGAUCACGGACGGCAAGGCGGCUCAGGCCAAGGCGAAGGAGCUAGAAAAGCUGGGGGGUGUGGAGUAUGUGGUGUCGGACGAGUGGGUCAGCAUAGCAGAUGGGUCAGCCAUGGGGCGUGUGGAGCGGAUGCUACACACGGCUUUCAGCCGGCCGCCGCCCCCCACACCCAUCCGGCGUCCGCCGCCACGGCCUCCCUCGCCACGGCCCAGGCCUUCGCCGCCGCCGCUGAAGAGGCCGCCGCCGCCGCUGCGCAAGCCACCGCCGCCACCACGGCGGCCGCCACCGCCGCGUCGGCCGCCGCCUCCGCCUCCGGCAGUCAAGAAACCCGACGACCUGUUCUAUAGGGAAUUGUGGGGGCUGCCGCGCAUCCGGGCGCCGCAGGCCUGGGGCUAUGCCAGGGGUUCAACCAUGGUGAAGGCCUGCAUUGUGGACACAGGGGUCAAGUACAACCAUCCCGACCUGGUCGCCAACCUGGCGGCCAUGCCCACAGCCUGGCAGGCAAAGAACAUGGACGACAACGGGCAUGGCACCCACGUGGCGGGCAUCAUUGGCGCGGUGGGCAACAACGGACUGGGGGUGACGGGUGUCUCCUGGAGGGCCGGCAUCCUGGCCUGCAAGGCGCUCGACUCCACAGGCUGGGGACUCAUCUCGAAAGUGGUGUGGUGCAUCGAGUGGUGCAGGUCCAAGGGCGCCCGUGUCAUCAACACCUCCUUCGAGCUUGCCACGGAAAACGUCCCGCUGAGAGAGGCGAUCGGCAACGCCACGGCAGCGGGCGUCUUCUUCGCGGGCGCCGCGGGAAAUACCGAGGGCGGCAACGACAACGACAAGUCCAACCGCUACCCUGGCGGCUACAAGUUUGCCGGCAACGUGGCUGUGGCCAACAUGAACUCAGACAACAAAAUCAACUACAACAGCAACUACGGCGGCACCACGGUGCAGCUGGCGGCCCCCGGCACCAACAUUCUUUCCACCUGGUUCUCGCGGGAGUAUGCCGGGCAGUUCUACGCCAUCCGUACCGGCACCUCCAUGGCAGCUCCCUAUGUGUCGGGCGCCGCGGCGCUGGCCAUGGCCGCUUCUGGCGGACACCUCACCAACAAGCAGGUGGCAAAGCUGCUGGUGACGACCUCCACCCCCGUGGCAGCACUGCGCGGCAAGGUGGUGGCCAACGGCGUGAUCAACCUGGAAAAGCUGGUGAUCAAGGCCGUCGACGCGGGGAAGGCGGCAGCCGCCGCCCAGGCCAAGGCAGCGGCCGAGGCGGCGGCCAAGGCCAAGGCCCAGGUGGUGGCGAAAGCUGCGGCGCUGAAGGCAGCACAGGCGGCGGCGCUGAAGGCAGUGCAGGCGGCGGCGCAGAAGGCAGCGGGACGAUAGGCGUGGCGCUAUCCACCGAGCCUGCUGUUUGAAG